GCGACAACCAAAAGUGCGUGCAUUGUUAUCGGAGUACUGCUGAGAAAACAUAAUGAUAGAAUAGUUGUCCGUGAUGAAGUAAAAGUCAUUCAGAAGAACAUACAAACUCAUUUGCUUAGAUACUGUUGUGAAAUUGUCACUACCAUGGCAGCUGAAGUUUUUCAGAUUGACGACUUCCACCAAGAUGAUGGCGCUGUUAGCGACGAAGAAUUCGAAAUAUUACCCGAGGAUGAUGACAUGGACAAUGAGGAUAGUGCUGAUGUUGAAUCUGUCCAAAUAAAUGAGGAAACAGUAAACCCAAAAGAGAAAAUUGGCCCAGAAGACUUUGAGCUUCUGAAAGUCUUGGGAAAAGGUGGUUAUGGAAAGGUUUUUCAAGUGAGAAAAAUAUCUGGUCAUAACACAAGUAAAAUAUAUGCAAUGAAAGUAUUAAAGAAGGCAACGAUAGUACGCAAUCAAAAAGAUACUGCACAUACAAAAGCAGAAAGAAAUAUAUUAGAAGCUGUUAAGCACCCAUUCAUAGUUGACCUUAUCUAUGCGUUUCAAACCGGAGGUAAACUCUAUCUGAUUCUAGAGUACCUGUCAGGUGGUGAAUUAUUCAUGCACUUAGAGCGAGAGGGCAUCUUCAUGGAAGAUACUGCUUGCUUUUACCUGGCUGAGAUCGUAUUAGCACUGGAGCACUUGCAUCACCAAGGGAUCAUUUAUAGAGAUUUGAAACCGGAGAAUAUACUAUUAAAUGCUGAAGGGCAUAUAAAACUGACAGAUUUUGGUUUAUGUAAAGAAGCUAUCCACCAAACUGGACUUACACAUACUUUUUGUGGAACCAUUGAAUAUAUGGCACCGGAGAUAUUAACAAGACACGGUCACGGCAAAGCUGUGGACUGGUGGAGCUUAGGAACCCUAAUGUACGAUAUGCUUACAGGGGCUCCUCCGUUUUGUGCAGACAAUCGAAAAAGGACAAUUGAAAAGAUAUUGAAAGGCAAGCUGGUAUUGCCACAAUAUUUGACUUUCGAAGCAAAAGAUUUACUCAAAAAGCUCUUAAAAAGACACCCUCAUAGUAGGUUGGGAGGAACUGACGAUGCGGAGGCAGUAAAAGCGCACCAGUUUUUCAGAUCAACAAAUUGGACAGAUUUACUUGAGAGAAAAGUCGCCCCACCAUUUCGACCUUCUGUGACAAACGAUUUAGAUGUAAGUCAGUUCGAUCAAAGGUUUACAAAGAUGCCAGCUGUUGAUUCGCCUUGCGAUGCAUCGCUCAGUGAAAGUGUUAAUAAAAUAUUCCAGGGAUUUACAUACGUAGCACCAUCUGUAUUGGAAGAUUUAUACAAAACUUUUAAUGGAUCACCGGAGUUCUCUAUGAGAUCACCAAGAAGAGGAACAAAGGGAUCUACUUCUAGCCCUCUGAGUCCUGCAAAAAUCGAGGGAACCGGCACAAGGCAGUUCGGAUUUGAGCGCGAAUGGAGACCGGACUCAUCAUCGCGCAAGUCAAGUACUACCCAAAGAGCCUUAGAUUUCAAUCAAACGGAACAGAACAGUGAAUCGUCGUUCGAGCUUAUCGAUAGUAGUAUGGACACUUCAUAUGGAAGUAGGCCUCCAAGUCAACUUAACAAUCCACAGCAGGGAUCGAGACCUACAAGCUUUCCAUUGCCGUUGUCAUGAGCUUGCCGUGCAAAGACGCAGUAGGAUUGGUUUUGGCCAUUGUGGAGAAAAUGCUGGUCCGUUGUCAAAAAUGUCAGUCUUUUUAACAUCUACUUAGGCUCCUAUUUUUUUAUAUUUUCAUAAAGAGCUGGCUUGAUAUAAAAGGUAAUAUGAUUAAAAUACAAGUAUGUAUGCUAAAAGACAACCCUAUUUUAUGGAGGACUACAAAUUCUGUGGAGGGACUACAAAACUUUGUAACGCAAUGUAGACCUUGCUUAGAAUUAUAUCACCCAGAAAGAACCAUUAUUUCCUCUCUUUCCUAGAUUAUAACCAGGUUUUGCCGUAAUUUACUUUUCAAGUUGAUGAACAUGUAAGGAGAAAAAUAAUCUUUGUAUGGUCAAUGACUCUGUCGCCGUCUUCGCUACCGCGCCUCAUUUUGUGCUGCUGCAAAAAGAUCUUGCUGAGUGCUUAAGAAUUUUAUACUCAGGUUUUGUUUUAUAAAAUUGCAUGCCCUUUAACGGAGUCCCGGAGUGCUUUCCCCGCAUAAGCUUUUGAAAGAUGGUCCCCCCCCCGCCCCCACCAUAUCUGUGAUGCUACGUCCCUGAAUUAUCCGUGGAUUUAUUUUUUUUAAACGCAAUUUAUUAUGUUUUCAUUCAAUGAUUUGGUUCUUAAACCUUGUAUAGUUACUGGUUUUUUGGUGUCGAAUAAAUAUGUUAGCGUAAGGAUGUGAAACUUUUCUUAACUUUCGGGUGGCAAAAUGCAUUCAGAAAAGGCAUUAUUUUCCUAGCAUUGCAUUCAUAUUUUUUCCACACAAUUGUAAUGCUAUAAACAGAAUCAUUGUCUUUGUUUUGUGUAGUCUUCCAGGUGCCUUGACUGCUCCCUUACCCAGUUCUGAUAGCUCUCUAACCCUAUGAAGACGUUUUUGAUUAAGUUAAUCUUGUCAAAAACACCAUUUGAGAUGGCUGGAGUGCCGAUACGUUGUGUUCAAAUAUUAAGCAAUGUCACUACACAUUGUCAUAACAUAUUCUCACUUUAUUGAUAAUGUUCGCAUGUUUUAUGCUGCUCCUUUAUUAGCACUCGUUAAUAGCUUUUUUAAUGCAACUAGUUGCAUCAAACUAUGUUUGUAGUGUUAUUGGCAACAUUUCAUGUAAAUUUCUCUACGGAACAUCCAAUUGUUAACUAUAUUCUUGAAGGGGUGUCAAAGAAACCUCAACGGUCUUUUUUGUCGUUAUGUAGAGAAAGCUGAAAUCGCUUAUCUUUCUCCCUAUGUUAUCCACAUAUAUAUCCAUCUGUAUUGUUCAGUGAACUUGACUGGUUCGGCUCUGCCAUCCCCCUUCCUUCGUUUCCCAUCACAAAUAUCACACCUUAAGAAUUAUAUUUAGAUUCUUUUAAAGGAUCAGUAUCUGAUAUUUUUGUUUGGAUAACAGACAAGAAUAAAAUUUGUUGAUUAAUAAAAACGAAGUAUGUCUCUAAGAAAGAGCUGGGAUGUUCGGGUGCAAUUGUUCUGAAUACAUUCAAGACAGAAGGAAGUACAAAUUCUACAAAUGAGAAACGAGAUUGAUGCUACCCUCGAGGGUGUCGCACCUUAAAGUUAAAAGCGAGAGGGUCAUGUACUCAAUUUAGUUUGGAUACAAUCGAUGACAAUGCAUCUGACUGAAAUGUGAAAGGCCCAUGCCCCCUGGCUUUUCCUUUUGCACGCUCUUCUGCGCUCAAUCUGCUUGGUCUUUUGAUAAAAAGCAGCCUAGACCUAGAACUACCGUUAGCUUUUGAUGCAUUUUGUGCUGCUCAUGCUUAGUAAUAUAUGAAAUUGUCUUUUAAUGUGUAUUCUUUGCUCUUAUAUCAAGUAAAUCGUAAUUCGCUUAGACUUAUUAACGUUUUGACAAUUGGAUACUUAGUAUUACUAUUGGAAUUUUGCAUGUUGUUGAAA